AGAAAUAUUAUAUAUAUAAUGCGGAUAAGUAGAUGACACUUUACUCUCUUAUUUCAAGGGAGCCAAAUUGGUAUUAUCGCACUUAUUGAUUCCCUUGGUCUCUCCUUUUGUCAAGAACAAAGUAUUUUCUUUGAUGGAGGGAGAUCAACAUGGCUCUAAUUACUCUUUUCCACCUGGCUUUAGAUUCCACCCUUCCGAUGAAGAACUCAUAGUUCAUUACUUGGAAAACAAAGUCAGUUCACGUCCACUUCCAGCUUGCAUUAUUGCUGAAAUUGAUCUCUAUAAGUAUAACCCGUGGGAGCUACCGAAUAAGUCCUUGUUUGGAGAGGAAGAAUGGUAUUUCUUUAGCCCGAGAGACAGGAAGUACCCGAAUGGAUUGAGGCCAAACAGGGCUGCAGCCUCAGGAUACUGGAAGGCAACUGGAACUGACAAGCCAAUUCUUUCUUCUUGCGGAUCGAGGCGCAUAGGUGUGAAGAAAGCUCUGGUGUUUUAUUCAGGUCGACCUCCUAAGGGUGCUAAGACAGAUUGGAUCAUGAAUGAGUAUAGGUUGGUUGACACAACCAUCAAAUCCUCAAGGCUAAAAGGCUCCAUGAGAUUGGAUGACUGGGUACUAUGCCGGGUUCGAUAUAAAGGCUACUCUCAGAAGAAUUCAUGUGAAAAUCAAGAGAGUCCUAGUGAACUAAACUUGUCAGCAAAACUACUGAGGAGUGAAGAAAACCCAACAAAAAUGAACUGUCGGGCUGACAUGAUCCCUGAUUAUCAAUAUAAAGACUAUCAAAUCAUAGCCUCUAUUCUUGUUGGUGGACCUAUUCCUCCCAUUGAAAGCAUGCCAAAUCUGAGCUUUAAGGGUUGCAAAGGCAACAAUGUAGUUUCAGAUUAUGAAGAUGGUUUCACUAAAGGGAAUUCUCAAACGACAAUUCCUUCAUUGGAAAGUUACUUCAACCCACUGACAAGAAAAUCCAAUGAAGAUGAACAGUAUGGAAAUCUCAUUUCUUUCAACAGGAAGUUCAACACUGAUAACAGAAUGGACGGAUCUACUAGCAAAGUGUUGAACAGUAGAGAAUUGAAUUGCUACAACCAAAACCAUUCUCAAGAUGACAUUUUCAAUGGGAACCCACCAGAUCCUACCAUCAAUUUUCAAGAGCUAAACGAAUUAGACUUUUCAGGAAGGUACCAUCAGUGAUGAAGGUAUUUAUUAUAAGACAGUCAACGUCCCUUUACUUCACAGGUAGAUUUUCAUGGAUUAUACAACUUAAGACGUAGGAGAAACCUGAAGGAUAAUGGGCCCUAUUCCGGCGAAUUAUUGCUGUAUUUCUUUAUGCAUAGUCAACAUGGGGCAAUAGCUACAUAUAGAAGUUUCCAUGCAUUCAUGAAAUUCCUUGUAAACAAUGCCCCGGCCAACUAGCUUCUUGAGCGUGCCCUGUGUCAGUUCAACUAGAACUUUAUCCUACCUAGUAAUUAUAACGUGUAGAUACAAUUUGUAUUCUGUAUUUCUGCAACUUACAGGAGUUACGUGUUAUUUGAAAGUCAUAUUGAAGUACUAA